CUGCAAUCCUGAGUGAUUGAGUAGCCACCAAGUGCCUCACCUCCUCUUCUGCUCCCCUUUACACCACCUACAACGUCGGCUUCCCCUGCCUUCCUUGUCUCUCUUCUUCCUCCUCCUCGUCCGAAGAUGUUUCCGAUCUCUCCGCCUGCGCCACCAAUUCGCACUCCGAUUAGUUGAAUUCAAUGGAAUUUAUCCAGAUGGCAUUAGUGUAGAAAAUCCCGUGUGUUUUUGUAUGUUAGAAAUCAGCAGCAGCUACAUUUGGUCGACAAUCUGGAAAGGGGUUUUAUCAGAAAUAGUCUCUGAAAUUGACCCAUCUCAUCAAAAUGAUCUCUGAAAUUGAAAAUCGAUCAACGUAAUCCAAUCAGUUUAGGGUUAGAAAAUAAGUAAGAUUCCCUAUUCUAAAACGAUUGAGGAAUCUUAUACUUAUAAGACAUGUAACUACCGUUCAUGUAUUAUAAAUAGGCUCGUCGGGAGCUAUUUAUUCACACAACCAACCAAGAGAAUACAAGAGUAGAGAGCCAAGAAUAAUAGAGAGAUCUAGAGUCAGAAGUCUUCGUUUGGUCAGGCAGCUUAAGCUUCAGCCAUGAGUAGACUUGAGAGAGUGAUACUCUCCGAGAAGGUAUUUCCAUCAUCAUGAAUGCGUCCAUGGCAAAGGAACGUAACUUCACCGAGACUAUUGAACUUCAGAUUGGGCUGAAAAAUUAUGAUCCUCAAAGAGACAAACGGUUCGGUGGUUCUGUAAGGUUGCCGCACAUCCCUCGUCCAAAGAUGAAGGUCUGGAUGCUUGGAGAUGCUCAGCAUGUUGAGGAGGCUGAAAAGAUUGGGUUGGACUAUAUGGACGUUGAAGGGCUAAAGAAGCUAAACAAGAACAAGAAGUUGGUUAAGAAGUUGGCAAAGAAAUACCAUGCCUUUUUGGCUUCAGAAGCCGUUAUGAAGCAGAUUCCCCAUCUUCUGGGUCCUGGUCUCAACGAGGCAGGAAAAUUUCCAACCCUUGUUAGUCACCAAGAAUCCGUCGAGUCUAGGGUUUCCGAGACAAAAGCAACGAUCAAGUUCCAACUGAAGAAGCUUGUUUGUAUGGGAGUUGCUGUAGGGAAUGUGAGCAUGGAAGAGAAGCAGAUAUUCCAGAACUUGCAAUUGAGCGUUAACUUUCUGUAUCGCUGUUGAAGAAAGAUUGGCAAAAUGUAAGGUGCUUGAACCUAAGGACUAGUAUGGGCAACCCAUAUCGCAUCUAUUAACUACGAACUCGUUUGAAUGUGUUUUUGAAAUGACAAAAAACAUUUGUGGUGAAAAUAUUUUUAGAACCAAUCAUUAGUGAAGAUGCAAAUAAAUCUUGGAAAAGCAUUUAAAUGUUUCCUGAAGAAGCACAUAUGAAGCACUUUAAAUGUUUUUGAAACCCAAAAAUAUUUUCUCUAUAAAUGUUUUCAGUCAUUUUAAAAGCAUAUCCAAAUGUGUCAUGCUUCCGCUUAUUCUCAAAGUUUUGAGGUUAUUAAAGAAUUAUAGUUAAUAGGAUGUAUGUUAUCUGAAUGGUACAGUUUCGAUAUUGGUUCGCUUUUACUUUGUUUAAU